CUGGACUUCUCAGAAGCCCUCGCGGCUUCUGAGCAGAUUCCUGCGUCUUCGGGGAAGGCUUAGGAAACUUCCCAGAAGGCAGGGGGGAUUGCGAGCCUUCUGAGAAGGCCUUCUCCUUCUCACUUCCCCCCCGCGCACGCCGCCACUCUAGAGCGCAGCAGAGGGGCCUGUGGCAGCCCUAUACACUGCAGCCCGCGGUGGUGGAUUUCUUUCGAGACGGAGGUCACCAUGUACGUGAACCCGAACGUGGCAUCCGAAGAGUACAUCCGGCAGAACGACAGGUUCCGGGAGGCCAUCCUCGGCGUCGUCUUCGACGUCAGAAGCUGCGAGGAGCAGCUCCAGUUCUUGGACGGGGAGGAGUACAGGGUGAUUGGCGAGGACGGGGCGAACUACACCAGCGCCAGGGAGCGCUGCGCCGCCCUGCUCCAGGGAGAGGCAGAGCCCGAAGAUGCGGAAAUCGCUGCGGCGGUGGACGGUGCGGCCAACCUGGCGAGGCUGCACUACAUGCAGCGGCGCCAACCUGCUCGGCGACUGCUCGUCGCCGGCGGCGCUGUCGGCGACGAGUGCGUCACCGACGCCGAGUGCCAGGACCCGCUGAAGUGCGCCGCCUCGGAGGAGAGCUCUGGCUCGGGCGCCCCCACCUGGGAGUGCCAGGAGCCAGUGGCCGCGGUGUUCCGGUUCACGCCGUCCACAUCUUUGGCGCCGCACCCGGACAUCGACACGUGGGAGCCGGCGGGCGGCAGGAACUUGGACCCCAAUGCGGUCUUCUCGUAUCAGAGCAGCGGGUUGGAAGAUGGUCAGGGCGGCGACGGCGGAACAAACGGAGCGAGCGACGACGAAGGCGAGGGCGGCGAAGACGGAGGAGAUGGCCAUGGCGGAGAAGAUGGCGAGGGCGGCGACGGCGGAAUAAACGGAGCGAGUGAUGACGGUGGCGAGGGUGGCGAGGAUGGCGGAGGUGGAGCGGAUGGCGAGGGUGGCGGAGGCGGAGCAGAAGGUGGCGGUGGCGAGGGCGGAGAAAGUGGCGACAAUGGCGGGCAUGAAGCAGAGCAUGAUUGCGAAGACGGACAGCAGGAGCACUGGGACGAGGCCAAGAGCAUCUGGUGUUGCGACCACGCCAACAAGGGCUGUUUCAAGCAGUCGUCCGGGAGAUAG